AUGUUCGAAUGCAGCACCUGUGACGACGUAUUCUAUUGGCAGGAGGACUGCGAGGAGCACAUGAAUGAUAUGGUCACUGGAUUGAGUGUCAAACAUCAUAUGAACGCUGUAGACCACUGGGCGCCGACCUCCGAAUGCGAAACAUGUACUAGUACCUUCCAUUCCCAACACGCCGCCAACCAGCACAUGAACGCGAAGAAUCAUUGGCUCCCGACCGUGCCGUGCGAGACGUGUCCGACAAAAUUCCACACACAGCAGGCCGUGGAGAAUCAUAUGAGAGCCAAGGGACAUUACAAGAACUAUUGCCAACAAUGCAAUCGUCGCUUUAUGAACGAGAACUGUUUGCGCCUGCACCUAAUCUCGAAAAUCCAUCGCGGUACCACCAUUGCGUGUCCAUUCUGUCAGACUGGCGUCGUCACUGCUAGCGGUGUUUCCCACCAUCUUGAGAGUGGAUCCUGUCCUCAGGCAAAAGGCUUGAACCGCGAUCGCAUCCAUCGCGCUAUUCGACAGCUUGAUCCAAAUGGCUAUGUCUGCAAGAAGCAGAUUGCGUGGUACGAUGAAGAGAAUUCGACUUAUGAGGUCACCGGAAGUGCCUAUAAUGGUAGCUAUUGGGUGUGUUACCUGUGCAAGAAGGGGUUCAACUCGAAGAAAGCGUUAGAGUCACAUGUCAACUCGCCCGUGCACAAGGAGAAGGUCUAUCACUGCCUCAAGCGCGGCUGUCCGAAGGAGUUCCACUCCCUGGCUGGUCUGUUUAACCACCUGGAGAGUGAAUCGUGCGGAUUCAUUCGGUUCGAGGGAGUUCAGCAGGUUCACAAACAGUUGAAUGAUGCUAUGAUGGGCCGCCGGAUGAUUACUGGAUUCUAG